AUGGCAAUGGUCACUCAGCAAAUCUUCGUUGCUGAGGAGUGGGCCAAAAAGGCACGUGAGGACCUUCAUAAUGAGGCUCAGUCCCGCCGCAUUGCCGAGAGGGCUAUUGGUGACCUCAAGAAGGAAAACGAUAGCCUGAGCCAUGAAGUAAAGGAGGCAAAGAAGGGGCGGGACAGCGCGGAAGCCGGCCUAAAAAAUGCCACUAAGCAGGCUAAUGAUAUGCGCCUACAGCUCCGCCAGUUCGAGGAAAAUCUUAGGACAGAGAAGCAGGCGGUUUCAGAUCUCAAGGCCGAGCUUACAAAGGUUAAGGGGGAGGCCCGCUUGGCCAAGGAGGCGGCCGAGAAGGCAGUGGCAACCUUUUAUGAGCGCGGGGUCAAGGAUACCGAGGUCAGGCUGGCCGAGGAGGUGGCUACUGUAUGCAGGGAAUACAUUACCCUGUCUUGGGGUGUAGCUUUGGAUCGGGCGGCAGUCCCAGCGGAUUCCAAUCUCAAGAAAGCUGAGAAUAUCUUUUUUCCUGAGGAAGUUCGUGAGAUCCCCGACGAGGUCGUGACUGAAGAGCCUCUCCUAAGGAAGGCUUUAUCCUCGGACUCUGCUAUGCCUGAAACUGAGGAUGCGCAGCCGGCCGUGAAGGACAAGUUGCCCGAGGACAGUCUUUCAAUCAGGGAGGUUGUUGCACAGGCUAAGGAGACUGUUUCGGGGCCACAGCCAGCAAACGGCUAG